UGUAAGAGCAUAAUAAAGCACAAGAGCUGAACUGUGAGUGCUCCAAUACAAGACACACAUACGAGGCUGGUUAUGGUCUCGUGUUACCCGAUGGCACCCAAUCAGAUGAGUCCAUGAGGCACACACAACGAGUGAGGGUGAGUUUAUGUGUGUGUGUCUCCCGGGUAGAGACGGGUAAACAAGAGCAGCUCUGGCUCAGUCGCUCCAUCACACUGACAACACACUCACUAAUGAUCUCAACAACGUCCAGCACGGCAGAGAUGGUCACACAAGGCAAACUUCAGAUCAACGCUGUGGAGGAUAUAGAAGAUAAAAGCUCAGGGAGACUGGGAUGUUUCGGUUGGUUGUUGGUCAUCGUAUCCAUGCUCUUUGUAGCCGUCACCUUCCCGCUCACAUUAUUUAUGUGUGUUAAGAUAGUGAAGGAGUAUGAGCGAGCCGUCAUUUUUAGACUCGGCCGGAUCACAGACAGGAAACCUAAAGGGCCAGGACUUUUCUUUGUUCUGCCCUGCACUGAUAACUUUGUGAAAGUCGACCUGAGAACCGUGUCCUUUGACAUCCCUCCACAAGAGAUCUUGACCAAAGACUCAGUGACAGUGUCUGUGGACGGCGUUGUGUACUUCAGAAUAAACUGUCCAAUCUCAUCUGUGGCCAAUGUGUUCAACGCACACUCGUCCACACGCCUGCUCGCACAAACCACCCUGAGGAACGCGCUCGGCACCAAAAACCUCGCCGAGCUGUUGGCCGACAGAGAGGGCAUCUCUCUCAGCAUGCAGGAAUCUCUGGAUGAAGCCACUGAUCGGUGGGGGAUUAAGGUGGAGCGAGUGGAGAUCAAGGACGUGAAGUUGCCUCAGCAGCUGCAGAGGGCCAUGGCUGCAGAGGCCGAGGCCACCCGGGAGGCCAGGGCGAAGAUCAUCGCUGCAGAGGGAGAGAUGAAGGCCUCCAGGGCCCUGAAGGAAGCCGCUCUGGUGAUCUCCGAGGCUCCGUCCGCCCUCCAGCUGAGAUACCUGCAGACGCUCAACUCCAUUGCAGCAGAGAAGAACUCCACCAUCAUCUUCCCUCUGCCCAUGGACAUGAUUCAGUGUUUCAUGCCGAAGAAGUGAUGAAUGUCACUGCCAGCAAGUCCUAUAAGAGCCGCAUUACUUCUUAUACUGUUAUGAUGUUAUUAGAGUUCUUAAGAGAACACAGCUGAAGUCUGCACUUCAUAAUCGUUUCUUAUAGAUUUUCUUUUUUCUAUUUUUACUAAGAAAUAAAAGAGCUAUGUAUCAUAA